AUUCUUGAAUCACCAAAUUAGGUUUCGUUAUUACUCUCUAAUAGUCUGAUUUCGAUGUUCGAAUUUUUGAAUCUAGAGCAAUCAUAUGUUACUACGCUUGUCAAUGAAAGUGCUAUUUUAUUUUAUUGAUGUAAAUUGUGCUUUAAUGGAUCCUUAUGUUCAUCGUUAGUGUACGUGAAUUAUCAUAUGUGUUUAUGUUGAUUGUUGUGAUGAAGUAGUUUCUGAUUUUUGAUAAUUUGAUCAUGAUGUAAUUGGUUACAAAUUGCAAUUGUUUACUGUACUGAUGUGGUGCUUGAAUUGGAGUUGGUGUAGUUUAAUGUGAACAUGAUUUUGCUUGAUUAGAGUAUUAGGGUCUAAACUGACGAGCAUCGGCGAACACAUACCGGAUGUUUCAAGGAGAAGAAAGGAAUCCUACUAACGAAAUUCAUGUUGGUAGAUAGAGGAUUUGCAUAUAUGAAUAUCGAGGACUGAUUAUUUGAUAUAACACUGUAAUUUUGUUAAUUAGUUGCUUAAAAAGAACAAUGGGAUUUGCAAGCUGGUUCAUUAUACAAGAGAUAUGUAAUGGCAUAUUGUGUUGGUUCACAUUUUUUGUUUCUCUGAAUUAUAUAUACACUAUACAGCAAAUACUCUCUCUCUCUCUCACAUACACACAUACACCCCAAAUUCGGUGAGGUUUGAAUCCUUGACAGGUUGGGAUCUUAGGGUAACCCGGAUACGACAUGGACAAAGACCUGUUCUUAGGGGUGUUCAGGAAGACUAAUCAGACUUUCUCUCGUCCAAAGCAUGAGUGAACGGUCGAUUCUCUAAGAGAGGAUUUGUUCACAGCCGAGUCUGUCAAAGAGCGAGAAACUGAGCCAAACUGUUCCAUCUGAAACCAAAAAGAGCCUACACGGAAAAAUGGAAAACUGAAAAAACCUGACAUUCACAGGUCGCUUUCGGUUUUGAAUUAUAGAAGAGAUUUGUUGAUUAUAUAACAAUGGCACCCACAUUUUAUGUCGGCUCCGAAGCUGGUCUCAAGAAGCUCGAUGAGUAUCUAUUGUCUCGUAGUUACAUCACCGGGUACCAAGCUUCAAAGGACGAUCUCGCAGUUCAUGCUGCUUUCACUAAGCCACCAUCACCUCAAUAUGUGAAUGUAACUCGCUGGUACAAUCAUAUCGAAGCUCUUUUGAGGAUAUCUGGUGUUUCUGGUCAAGGCAGUGGUGUCGUUGUUGAAGGAUCUGCUUCUUUCCCGGAAGAUGCAACCGCAACUCCCCCUGUUGCUGAUUCAAAGGAUGCAGCUGAUGAGGAUGAUGAUAGUGACGUGGAUCUCUUUGGUGAGGAGACGGAGGAAGAAAAGAAGGCCGCUGAAGAACGUGCAGCUGCCGUGAAAGCAUCUGGAAAAAAGAAAGAAUCUGGCAAGUCUUCGGUCUUGUUGGAUGUCAAACCUUGGGACGAUGAGACCGACAUGCAAAAGCUCGAGGAAGCUGUCAGAAGUGUUCAAAUGGAGGGCUUGUUGUGGGGUGCAUCAAAAUUGGCAGCGGUUGGAUACGGUAUUAAGAAGCUCCAGAUCAUGAUGACCAUUGUCGAUGAUCUUGUAUCUGUUGAUACACUCAUCGAAGAAAGACUUACGGUCGAACCCAUUAAUGAAUAUGUUCAGAGCUGUGAUAUUGUGGCCUUCAAUAAGAUCUAGAAUUGCUCAGUUUGCUGGGAUGGAAUGGAGGAUAGUUAUUGGACUUGUUAUUUAUUGUUGUUAUGUUAUGGUUCUAUCAAGAUCUUAAUUAAGAAUAUUGUUACAAAAUUAAUUUUAUGAUCUUAUUUGAACUUGCAUAAAA